AUGCGCACCCCUAGCCUCUGCCCCCGAGAGGCUAGCAACCGGGCCUGCCGGCGUCUGAUUGGCUGCGCAGUGCCCGGCAGAGCUGCCGAAGGCGCCACCUGUUACGGAUUAAAUCUCAUGUGCCAAGUCCCGGAGCACGAGGCCGUGCAAGCUAUGUUCUGCCGCAACAUGUGUCGCUGCCUGUUUCCCCGGGGCGUAUUAAAUGAGGUGAAACAGCCUCAGGCAAGGCCGGGCAUAGAGGAGGUGACUGGCAAAUGUUUGUUGAAACGGUUUGGUAGGGUCAGUCCUUUCCCGCCUCGUCACGUGUCUCACUCUUCUCGUUUAUUCUCCCGCAGCGCUCCAGGCAGCCCCUCCCCACGGGGCUCUCCUUGCACCAGCCAAGCUUCUCGAAAGGCCUGUCUACACUCGCUGUCUUCCUUCCUCACCUCCAAUUUUCUCUUCAACCCACUGCUUCCUGACUUGUUCUGCUCCGUCGAACGGCUCUCACUCAGCCACGCCGCAGGUCAGCCCUGUCCCUGGCACGCGGGCCGCAACCUGGUUGGGUCGGCCGGAGAACCAGACGGAAGAGGCGGGAGAAGCCCCCGGAGGAGCGCCACCCUGCACCCAGCCUUCCUUCCCGAUGCUCGCCUGGCGUCUCGCGCCCAGCGCCGUGCCUCUCCGCUCCUUCCUGGCUCCGGUCGAAGCCGCCAUCUGGAAUUCUCCACGGAAGAGACCUCGACGCGCGACCCGGCACCCUCCGGCUUUCAAAUCGGCAGACUAGGACGGAAGUGCCCUUGUGAGCUGGGGGGCCCUUCAAAGGGCCGAGGAAAAAACGCGGGCCGAGGGACCAGCCUCUCAAACGGGCUUCGAGCUCCAAUGACCUUCGCUCACCCCCUUGAAAUGUCUGGAAAACAGAAUGGGCAGAUUUUCUGUCUUCAAAGUUUCCGGCUAAGUCUCUUCAAGUUCUUUAUUGUUUGGGACUGAGACACUCAGCAAUGGUAAUGGGUAGUUGCUUUUGUAUCGGCCUUGAAAGGCCCAAAUAUUUUCAUAUUGCUACAGACAAAGCCGUCUAUUUAGAAAUGAAUGCCAUGUCUGUCGUUUCCCACUGGGGAGACUGUGUA